UGGGCGGGAUUGAAAAAUUCAGAGUUGGCACCGGUUCCAACCAAAAUCGGUGCCAAUCAUUUAAUUAGCACCGGUUCAAAUCGGUGCCAAUUUAUUUAAAAAAAAAAUUAAUAAGUAUGGCAGAGAGUUAGCACCGGUUCGCCUUAAACCGGUGCCAACUAUGUUAAUUAGCACCGGUUCAAACCGGUGCCAUAUUUGAGAAAAAAAACCCGGGUUAGGUUAUUCACGUAACUUUCGUCUUUCUUUUUCAAUUCCUUUUCCUCUGUAACUUGCUUCCCUUUCUCCUUCUACCUUUCCCUCUUGACUCCACUACUUCCAGUACUACGCACCCCUUUCCACCGCCACCACACUCUAUCUUCUCCUUUCUCCUUCUACCUUUCCCAAUUUGGUUGAGUUUUUGUUAUUUUAGUUUUGAAAUUAGGGGUUUGGUUGAUUGUAGUUAUGGGUAUCCGGUUCGACCUCCAUCGCCACCUCCUCCGCCGCCGGACUCCAAUGGCACUUCCACUUCCUCUGCUUCUCCUUCUCCUUCUCCUUCUCCUACCCCCGAGGAGAUCUCUCGCCAUGCUCAGCUCUCACUUGAGCUGUCGAAGAAGGUCAUCAACAUCAGAGAAAUCAGGAGGUUAGCAUCCAUGGGUUUUCCUGAUGCUCCUGCCAUCCGCUCUACUGUCUGGAAGCUUCUGCUGGGGUAUUUGCCCAGUGAUCGAGCAAUGUGGCCCUCUGAAUUAGCCAACAAGAGGUCUCAAUACAACCAUUUCAAGGAUGACCUCUUGAUGUCUCCCUAUUCACUCUGUACCUUGCUUUGGAUUUUCUCAGACAGUAUUCUGCGGUGUAGUCAUCCAAACUGUACAAAGACUGGGUUUUCAAUGAUCAAGCUCUUCCAAGAGACCUUGUCAAGAGUUGGGAAGAAAAACUAAAGACAACUCACUUUCCUGAGAUGAUAUUUUGAGCUAGGUGAAAGUAACCUUUUGUAGUAUAGCUGGAAGUUGUGUAUAUAAAUAUAUACUGUAAUUUCCUUGUAACUUUGGAUUUGUUUUACAGGAUCUAAUUUCAUGGGCAACCUGAGCCUGAUUCUGUUUUGUUUGUAAUGACUUUUCUUGCAUAAAGUACAUUUGAUUGGCUUCAUAUUGCCAAAUGUUAAAGUGAAGUCUAAUCCAGUUGCAUGGAAUUUCUCAUAUGCUUGCAGCCAACCAUUUCAACAGGUGAUAUUGGACUAUGACUACACAUUCACAACUCCUUAUUGUGGAAGUGAAAAGGUUGACACAAAUAGUGAAAAGGUGUGGUUCCAGUGUUUGUUGGGAAGACUGUGAGGAGAAAAUUGAUAUAGUAGCUCUGGCUUCGAAAGAACCUAUUCUGUUUUAUGAUGAGAAAACUAUGGUGCAGCAUCAAAAUGUUAUUACUGUUCCUUUCAUAUUUAGGGGAAAGAACUUUUGAGGUAAAAAUAAAUUCAGAGGCCUCUCUCAAGGAGUUGGGGGAGGAACUGCAGACCUUGACUGAUGUUAAAGCUGAUACAAUUAGAUUGAUUAUUUCUCUGCCUUCCACCAAAAGCUCAAAAUUGUUGAUGCCUUUCUCUGACGAGCAUUCCAGUCUAAGGCUACAAGAUACUGGAAUCGUAGAGGUCUAUACUCACAUCUUGAUUCUUAUACCUUUAUUCAUACAGCUAUACAAGUGUAUAGAUAAUUUCUUGUUUUAUAUAUAUAUAUUAAUUAA